AGUUUCAGAGUGUAUUGCCGUUCAGCUUUAUGCGGUAUUAAAUAAUUAUAGCGAACUUAAAUGAAUACAUAUGUUCAACAACUGAAGGAGGAAUAUGAGAAACGUCUUCGUGUAUCAGAGCGAACGUUGCAUGGUGAAAAAGAAAGACGACGACAGCUUGCUUUUCAUUACAAACAACUUGAGGCACAGUUGCGAAAAGUUCAAAGAGACAAUGAAAGUAUGGCAAAGCAGUUGAAAAUGGUGAGGAAAUGUGCAUCAUGCUCACAUCUUGAUCAGCGUUGUAAAAGUUAUAAUGCUUUAAACGAGCUACUUUAUGGAUCUAUUGCUGCUUUGGAACCAGAUGCAAUUGCAUCAGUUAGCGCUCCGAAUCGCAAUGACGAAUUGAAAGCUGUUAAAAUUGCAAAUAACAAUCUUCAGCAAUGUGUCGAUAAAUUGCAGAGUAUGCUGUUGCAAAAAGGGCGGGAGGCAUUGGCCACGGAAAAAUAUUAUAAUGACGCAAUUUCGGAACGUGAGCAGCAAAUAUCGCGACUUCAGAAAGAGCUUCAAGAGCGAAGACGAGGAGCAUCUACCUAUUCGGUCGUCAACCAGGACAUAGCAGUGAAAUUGAAAGUAUUGCUAAAGGAGAGAGCCGAAUUAUUGGAUCGAAUAAAUCGUUUAGAGAAAGGAAAUAAAGAAAAUUAUAAUGCUGUACAUAACGAACCACAAAGCACCGGACACCCGGCAACUACUCCAGCAGUUUUGAAGUCGAUGUCAAUCCAUACUGUGGGUGUUGCCGAAAUCGAUCAGAACGGUCAAACUGCUUAUGAAGUCGAUGCUUGCCUAAUAUCUCAACUUAAAGAUGAACUCGAUAAAGCUGAUAAGAAGAUUGGAUAUCUUGAAAAAGAAUUAACCCUUACAAAGCGUGCUAUUUACGGAAAUGAACAAUUUAAUAUCAAAGGACAAAUUGAGGCGCUUGAAAAGGAUAAAAAAGAAUUAACACGUGUAAUCGACAGUCAAACAGAACGAUUAACUCGUUUCGAGGAUCAGUUAAGAGUGGUAAAUAGGGAAAAAGAAGCAUUACAACGAAAGUAUACCGAACUGGAACGUGCCAACAAUUUAGCUGUCCGGGAAAAGUUGGAACAGUUAGAAAUUGUUGAGAGACAGCGGAAGGAAUUAUCUCGCUUGGAAGAAAAACAUCUUGAGAAAAGUAAAGCACACGAUGCGCAAAUUGAGGCAUAUCAGCAACUUAUCAAACAAAAGGACGAUGAACGUGGAGCACUGAUUGCUGAACUUUGUGCUACUAAUCGUUUAGGAACCCCGCUUCAUGAUUCAAUUAAUGAAACUGAAAGUCGUUAUGCUGCAACUGAUGAAAAUCGUGAAUUAUUAAAAGAGGUGCGCGACUUAAAUCACGAAAAACAAGCGAUGCUUGAUAAAGUUACUUGCCUAGAAAGUGAACUUCAAUCAAUGAAAGACCAAUUAAGGUUAAAAACAGAUGAGAUCGAGCAAGAAGUUUUACUGAAAAACUCGAUGCACGAUGACCUUGCUAAAGCACGAACUAUGUUAUUAGAGAAGGAAGCACGAAUUCUCGACUUGAAUAAUGAGCUGAAAGUUACCGAAGUAAAAGUAAUGAAGCAGAUCGUUUGCAAGUAGAACAAAUCACUGGAAGCACGCUAAAAAUGACUAUUGAAGAGCUAGAAGAUUUAUUACAAGAGAAAAGUGCAGAGCUUAUUUCGGCUGCACAAGAACGACAACGACACACCGCUGAAAUCCAGAAAAUGAAAGAAUUGAAAUAUGACUUGGAAACUAAGCUCACCUUACAAGGACGAAAACUAAAAGAGGCACGUGAAAAACUAGCUGUUCUUAAGAAGAAAAUACAGGAGCUCGAGCUAGAAGCUGUGAAUUCACCAGAUAAGAGCCUUCAGGAAGCAACUACGCAGCAAGGAAGUUCGAAAUCAACCAUGUUAGCAGCUACAGUGACGAAAUCUGCCAUCUCUAAUGCUACCCCAUAGCAUUCUUAGACCAAUACGGCUUUUCUUCGUUCUAUUGGUUUAUGCUAGCAUAUCUUAACUCAUAUCCGUUUACAUUCCAAUAAGCAUUGCUCAUAUUUUACAUAUCAAUUAAUGCUAAAGUAAUCCGAUUUGUACACCCUCAUAUUUUCAUACAUCAAUAUCAACUACCAAUUUGAGAGGAAUGAAGUAACUAUGAAUUAACAAACGAACUGUACUUUUCAUUUAUCU